AUGCCGCCCCGAAAGCCUCAAAAGAACAAACUGGUUUGCACGUGUUUCGGUCAUAAAUGUAGGGAGAAGACUCACUGGGUGUCUCAUGAGAAUGUCUGGAAACCGGGAUGUCUGUUGGUCAGUCAGACCGUCUUUCGUCACCAGUUGUCAGAUCAGGCUGCAAGUACUGUGCUUCCGCCAGAUGACAAUACUUUAGACCUGGAGUCACCAGCCGAAUUACAAACACAUUUGGGUUCCACGGAAAAUCCAGCUCCCAAUUUGGCUGCUCGUGACAAUACUGCCCUCGCUACAAUCACAGACUCAUUAGCUCUGACUAGAAUCAGUGCUGGCCCAGGAUUCUUUCGAUUGGUGUAUGAUACGUCCCGCUGGAUGACAUCGCCGUUUUUGAACACACGUCCCGUUUUCACUUAUGCCAUCCUUGCGGCAUCCAUGUUCACAAUCCUACUUUCAGCGUCAAAUCUGUCCAGUUCUUGGCUUUUACGAAAGCAACGCCAACUCAUUGAACUGACUCUACGUCUGGGAUUGAAUUCCAGCUCAGCGCCUCGCCCUCUUACUGCUACGGAAAAUGCCGCCCUGAACAAACUACCAGUCGACAUACACACGGUGAUCAAAUGGCUCAAGCUUGACCCAAUCAUUGUGUGCCUCAAUUGCUGCUCACGAUGUUUUGCCACAUAUCCACCCGAUCGAACCCCCAGAAAUUGUUUUCACCAAGAAGACAUUAUUGAUAAAGAAGUUGACGGCGACCCCUUAUCUAUCCCAGAUAUCCCAGAGAUUCCUGAAGAACGAGAAACUGCCAAACGAAUCCCCCAACAAUCUCAAGCACCCAAAGAAACACCAAUCUCAUCCAAAUUUGGAGGUGAGCCCCUUUUGCAACCCGGAACCAAUGUCCCUAUUGAGACACCAAUCUCGUCGAAAUUUUGUGGCGAGCCCCUUUUGCAACCCGGCACCAAUGUCCUGAUACGGAAGUUUGCAUUUCAACGCCUAAAUGAUUGGCUCGGACGCCUGUUUUCACGACCCGGUAUUGAGAAUGCUCUUGAUCAAUCUUUAUCUACCUCUCCGGCCGACCCAUCACACGAGAUGAUCACCGACAUUCACGACUCUGCGAUUUGGCACGAAUUCAAGGGGCCUGAUGGCUCACCCUUCACUGCGACGAGUGGCAAUCUAGUCUUUGGCCUUUUUAUCGAUGGCAUCAACCCUUACGGCUCCAAGCAAGGUGGAAAGCAUGUAUCCAUCACGCCCAUCGAAUAUCAAGCUCUAGAUUCCAUGCACAAUCUGCUGCUAGGUUUACUCAAGUGGCAUUGUAUACGAUUUUGGGCCAUAUCAAACAAGCUUGAUAACGAGGAAGAUCAUCCACUUGCUAUCAUCCCAGUAGCUGAAAUGUUACAAGUCUCUGCUGCCGCUGUUUCGGAUACACCUAUUGAGCAUGCGGAUGCAUCACUCAAGCUCCCAGAAGAAGAACUCACUGCCGAAGAAGCUCCUUUCGAAUUACGUAGUGGCCAGCUUGAGAUCACGUUCAUGCAUGAAUUCUGUUGUGCAGGCAAUCUACGGGGGUUGCUUGACAAGCCCGAUUUUUUUCCUGACACCCUGAAGCCAUCUAUUGCUGAGCUUAAGGACCUUUACAAACCGGUUCCCUUCACCUCGAAGUAUCUUUCCAAUAAGUCGGAGACUCUCAGCUCAUCAGAUGCCCAAGGCCUAAUUGACUACCUCAACACUCAAUCCGCUGGACCUAGCUGGGCGCUGACGAGUGAUUGGACUCGUAUGAGCAAUGCAGAGAAAAAGAAAAAAUCGGCUUUAGAUUCUCGGAAGGAGAGCCACUCGCACUUUGAACAUCGGGGGGUAACCUUUUCUACCUGGACUGCCAACUGCAAAAACAGUAUUAUAUCAGUUGACUGCUCUUUCUCGAGCUUCAUUCAUUUUGCACAAAUCAAGGACAUAUUUACUCAUGUGAGAAUAGCUAACAAUCAAGACCGAUUUGUGGAUACCUGGCUAAAAGUUAAUCCAUUGCCGCCACUGACAGAUCCCCUUCCCACUUCCUUCAUUCAACUUAAAGAACAGGGUCUCAAAGUAGACCUUCGCCUUCCAGCAAAUGAAGAUGAAUACUUUAUAAAUAUUAAGGAUGUUGUGUCUCAUUGUGCCUGGCUCGAAUACAAAUCUGGUGAACUUAAUAGUAAAUUGCAGUAUUCUACUCUAGCUUUAAUAUCUAUGGAUCGUGAAUAA